AUGCGGACGUCGGCUCUUCUCACCAUCGUCCUCGCGACAAUCGUCUCUGCCCACAGUGUAAUCACCUACCCAGGCUGGCGCGGCAACAACCUCAUCACCAACGAGACCUUUCCAUAUGGCAUGCAAUGGAUCUAUCCAUGCGGCGGUCACAAUGUCACGACAAACCGCACAUACUGGCCCACGACAGGCGGUGCCAUCGCUUUCCAGCCCGGCUGGUUCCGUGGCCACGAGACAGCAUUUGCCUACAUCAACAUGGGUUUCGGCGAUGACGGUCCAGACGGCGGUCCUGCGAACAUGACUCUUCCCAUGGUUCCCAUGUUCCAGAUCCUCGGUCCCACCAACAAUCCUUUCCCAGGAACGAUUUGUCUCCCUCAGGUGCCUCUGCCAAAGAACACGACAGUAAAGGCUGGUGACAAGGCGACAAUUCAAGUUGUCGAACUCGCUGUACACGGUGCAGCUCUCUACUCUUGUGUCGACAUUAUUUUCGCAGAACCAGGCGACAAGAAGCUCAAAGAAGUGAACGAGACCAACUGCUUCAACUCGACCGAUAUCGGCUUCGCAGAAAUCUACACCAUUACGACCAAGGAAUCUGGAUCUGAUGAGUUGGUGAGCGAGUCCGGCGCCACCCUGGCAUUCCGUCAGCUAGGCUGGCUGCCUUUAGUGGCAGCUGGACUCUGGGCUUUUCUGCUAGCGUGA